AUGUCGACGUCAUUUGUUGUUAUCGGAAAACAAGUAACCAAAUAUGUGGGAAUACCAAUCUUUGUCAGUGGUGUCAUAGGAGGACUUUUGAAUCUUGCUGUGUUUUUCAGUCUUCGUACAUUUCGACAAAGUUCCUGUGCAUUUUAUUUAACUAUUAUGUCUUUUGUCAAUAUUGGUCAAUUAUUUAGUGGAUUUCUUCCAUUACGUAUUAUAAACUCUUUAUUGAAUGUUGAUGGGACAGAAACAUCAUUAUUCUUUUGUAAAUUUCAAAUAUAUCUUUCUCAAUUAUGUAUAGGAGCUUCAUUUACAUGUUUUUGUCUAGCAAUUAUUGAUCAAUAUUUAGCUACUUGUGCUCAUCCUCGUUGGCUACAAUUAUGUAAUAUCAAACUAGCUCAUCGUCUCAUAAUCAUAUGUAUUCUUUUUUGGAUGUUGCAUGGAAUCUUACCUUUAAUCUUUUAUAAUCAUAUUCAAUCGCCUAUUACUAACAAAACCAGUUGUACUAUUACAAAUUCAAUAUUUAAUUAUUAUCGCAAUUAUUUCUUUAUUCCUGUACUAAUUGGAUAUCUACCUAUUAUCACUGCAGGUUUGUUUGGAGUGUUGGCUUAUCGUAAUAUACAACAAAUAUCUUAUCGUACUAUUCCGGUUGUUCGACGCGAAUUAGAUAAGCAAUUAACUACUAUGGUUUUACUACAGGUUUUUAUCAAUAUUUUUAUUUUAUUACCAUAUACAACUGUAGUUGCUGUUGCGACAAAUACAAGUCUUAUUAGUGAUCCAAUUAUACAAGCAAAACUUCAGUUCACCAUCACUAUUGUUGUCGUUAUUUAUAACAUAUAUUUUUCCAGUUCUUUUUAUAUUUAUAUUUGUGCAUCCAAGCGUUUUCGUAAACAAUUUCUUCAUGUGAUGUACAUGAUUUAUUCGAAUCAAUGGAAACAACUAAGACCAGGUGACAAUCAAGUGAUGCCAGAAAUAUAA